AUGACUCGAGUCUCUAUUGCCUUCGAAACCCCACGUCUAAACCUCGGUCUGCUGGACCGACGGAAAGCACGUCCCAGCAUCAGCAUCAUCCGCGCCACUACCACCAUCAUGACAACGAUGGAUCCCAUAAGCGCAAUGGGCGUGUAUCGCUCCGACGACAUAAUCACGAUGGAUCCACCCAACAGCCUACCUCUGGCCGAUAGCAAGGCUGCCGUUGCUCUGCCCGUCAUUCCCCACCUCGACAGGCUCGAACGGGCCGCCUCGCCCACAGAAGGCUUUGCAACACCAAACAAUCACACAGAAGGCGCUCUUCCUUUCGGUGCGGUUUCACCCGACCAUCUCCCGCCCGUCUCGCAGAGCGCCAUCGUGCUGAUGCUCAACUUCCUGCUCAACGUGACGUUUUUCAUCAUCGUGCCCACAUCCGCCCCGUACGCCAACGAGCUGGGUGCAUCCACUUGGUUUUCCGGUCUCACGGUUGGUGUCAGCGUCGUCGUCUCCGGGCUGCUCCUAGUUCCGUUUUCCCUACGCUACAGGGCGUACCGCUUCCCGAUUCUUUUCGGCUCCGUGUGCAUCAUGGUUGGUCAAGUGGUGUACGCGCUCGCCGGGGUUGCCAACACGGCUUGGCUGAUGUUUGCCGGACGUGUCAUCAUCGGUGCCGGCUUUGUGUCCUGGCGAUACGUCAAGUCUUACAUUACCGAUGCUGCUGUGGUGGGCACCGACAAGAGAACGAUGAUGGCGGCGUGUCUGGUUACAUCGCAGGUGGGAGGGAUGGCGGUCGGGCCUUUCAUCGGAGGAUUGCUGUCGAAACAUGUCCAUCCGAUGACGGACGAUCACCGCCUGUGGAACGGAUACACCGCAUCGGGAUGGGUGAUGGUGGGCGUCUUUGCAGUGUUCUUUGCCGCUACCUGGUGCGUCUUCCGCGACCCUGUGCAAGCGCCGACGCAAGCACAGAUCGAGCUUGCAGCGCUGACGACAAGUGGCGCGACGGUAGCAUCCAAGGAUGCGGCGGCAUCGCAAGAGCCCACACUACGAAGCAUGUUCCGCGAGCUCAACUCGUCGCAAAAGUUCUCGGUGCUGACCAUGUGCUGGUUCAGCAUGGUCAACUUUCUCGUACUCGGUGCGUGGGAGGUCAACAUCCCCGUGUUUGGACAUCUGCGCUUUGGGUGGUCCGAGUACAAUGCGGGUAACGUGAUUGCGCUCGGUGGGUUGGCCACCAUGCCCCUCAUGGUUGCGCUCGUUUUUGUGGCCAAGUACGUUCAAGAUCGACACAUCUUAGCGGUGGGAACGCUGUUCGGCCUGCUCGGGCUGUCGCUGCAUAUGGGCGCGCUCGAAAGUCCGGCCAAGUCGGCAGUGGGCAGACUGGGUACGCUCGACUCGCUCAACUUUGGCUCUUUCUUUACCAGCUGGUUCUUCGUGUCAGCUGGCUUCAAUGCGUUGACGACCAUGACGCUCGCGCUGCUGUCGAAACAGCUUCCGGCCAAGUACAAUGGGCUCACGUCGACCGUGAUCCAGCUGAGCAACAACGUCGGACGUAUUGCCGGUGCCUUGUGGGGUGCCACGAUCUACCAAGUCGGGCAGUUCAGCAUUGUUUCGCUCGAGCUCGCUGUGACACUGAUCGGAACGUGUCUGAUCGGAUUUAUGUGGCGUAACAUGAAUAUACGGACCGGAUGA